AUGAGUUCAUCACCAUCAUCUCAUUGGGUUGAAUCCCUUUUUCCACCUCAAUAUUCCAUCCGAGAUUAUCGUGCUACAUUUCAACCUGAUCAUCAACGUGUACGUCGUUAUAUUACAACAUUAUCAUCAUUUGAUGCUCCAACAUUAGCCGCUAUUUAUGAACAAUCUUAUUUAUUUACACUUAUACAACGUUUAGCUAAACAAGAAGAAGAUAAUGAAAAAAAGAUUCAAAGUAAAACAAAAACACAAGCUAAUCAAACACAACCUGUUGAUUCUGUCCUUGAUAUUCGUCUUAUUCGAUCAUAUCUUGAAAAACAUAAAGAAAAAGAAGAUGCAGAAAAAAAAUCCGAUCAUAUCGAAAAUCUUUGGACAUCCGAUGAAAUUUCUAUUAUUCGUUCAGCUUAUAUGAAAGUACAUGAUGAUUGUUUGCGUUUAAAAUCUGAAAAUGAUUAUUAUCGAAAUCAAUUGGAAAUAAUUCAAAAUAAAUUUAAUGAAACAAAUCAAAUCUUAGAAAAACUUCAAGAAGAACAUUUAGAAUUAAAAAAAAUUCAUACACGUUGGACAAUACGAACGAAUUCAUCCGAACAAAUUCUUGAUCAACAACGUCAAGAAAAUAAAGAAUUAAUUGAACAUAUAGAAAAAUUAACUGAACAAAAUGAAUUUUAUCGUCGUAAUCAUUUACAAAUGCAAACAAAUUUACUUGAAAAACAAACACGCGUUGAACAUUUAGAAAGAAAAAUUGAUCAUUAUGAUCAAACAAUAAAAAAUGAAUGUGAUCGACGUAUUGAUUUAGUUGAAAAACGUUCUCAAACAGCUAAAGAACGAUAUAAAAUUGAACAAAAUAAAUUACAAACAAAAUUAGAUAAAGAACAAGAUUUAAGAAGGCAAAAUCUUCUUGCAUUAGAUCAAUUAAGAAAGCAUGUUCCACUAGCAAUUCCACAAGAGAAUGAACAAUCAUUAUGUGAUAUUAAACAUGUCAAAUAUGUUUAA